AUGUCUGACUGGGAACAAAGAUUGCUCAGCCUGGAAAAACUGGACAGGUCAUCGCCAGAGCUCUGGCCAGAGCCGAUACCUGGGGUGACAGAAUAUGCUGCUCGCAAUGCUCUUUCUAGUUCCUCUGUUCCAAAGAACAUUGAAUCACUCCAGAGUCAGUUUACUGAGGAUGACUAUAAGCUGCUAAAUUAUUACAGUACUCUUUCAAAAGAAUCUCUGAUUCAAGAACUAAAGAAGCUUCAUGACCAGGCCUAUAAAUUAGGUCUUGAAGAAGCCAAGGAAAUGACUAGAGGAAGAUUUUUGAACAUACUGUCUACCAGAAAAAAGUAA